UCUUGUGAUUAGCCAGUAACUUGGAUCACGUUGAACUGUACAUCGUGUCAAAAAGAAAAAUCAAACAUGAAAGCAAUCGUUAUCGUGCUCGCUAUUUCUUUCGUCGCCGUCUUGGGUGAGCUCACAAAUGAACAAAAGGCCAAAUUGAGAGAGUACAAAGAAUCCUGUAUCAAUGAAUCUGGCGUUGAUCCAACCGUAGUUGAAAAUGCGAAAGGAUCAAGGGCAACAUCGGAAAAUGACGAAAAGCUUGCCUGUUUCUCUACCUGUUUCUUGAAGAAAAUUGGAAUUAUGAAAGCGGAUGGAGAUAUUGACUGGGAGGCAGCUCGUGCUAAACUACCAUCAGACGUACCACAAGAACAGGCUGAUCAAUUAUAUAAUGCGUGCAAAGACAUUACUGGAACUGGUUGCGAAAAGGGACACAAUCUGCUUAAAUGUUUUGUGGAAAACAAGCAAUUUAAUCUUCUGCAUUAAGCAAAUGAGACCAAACUCAAUAUGAAAACCUAAUUAGAUCUAUUAGUUAGAUACCAUGUAUCGUCUACUUAUUUAGAUAACAUUAAAAUAUUACCUUGCACGUUCAUGCAACAGUGUAGAGCUGUGUUAAUGAAAAAAUAAAUAUACAUGUCGCUUCAGCAUAAAACAA